AUGGUCGACGUGAACAAAAACUGUAUUGGCAUAGUAGCACAUUCUGAAGAACCAGUCAUUGUUCAAGUAUUUGUCGUUGAGAAAUCAACAAGUCAGGAACCGUUCGAAAGCACUGGAUUCCGUAGUAAAGUAUUUCUACUACGGAAAUAUGCCAGCAAUGAACUUUCAAAGACCUGUUAUAUAUGCAGUCUAUCCUCUGAAACGGUUGUUUACAAAGGUCUGUUUACUACAAAGCAAUUGUGGAAUUAUUAUGCAGACCUAUGCAAUCCAAAUUUUCUGACACAUUUUGCAAUCGUUCACAAUCGUUUUUCCACAAACACUUUUCCAUCAUGGAGUCGUGCUCAUCCACAACGCAUGAUGGCGCAUAAUGGUGAAAUCAAUACAUUACGUGGUAAUGUGAACUAUUGUCGAGCACGUCAAAGUUUAAUGUUCAGUCGUUUCUAUACAAAAGCCCAAAUGUCGAAAUUAUUUCCAAUCAUUGAACAAGGCAUGUCCGAUUCUGGUUCAUUUGAUAAUAUGAUGGAAUUCUUGUGUCAGGCUGGUGAUUUCAGCCUACCCGAGGCUGUUAUGAUGAUGAUUCCUGAAGCGUGGCAUAAUUUAGACCCAGAAAAAGGUGAAAUGUCCAGAGAAAAAUGGAAUUAUUAUAAAUGGGCUGCUAAUAGUUUUGAACCUUGGGAUGGACCGGCUCUGAUAGUAUUCUCCGAUGGACGCUAUAUUGGUGCAAUACUUGAUCGUAAUGGGCUUCGUCCAGCUCGUUUCUAUGCCAGCAGUGAUGAUAUGGUCUACAUGUCAAGUGAAGUCGGUGUAGUUGACAUACAACCUGAUGUGAAAAUUAUAAAGAAAGGUCGUUUGAAGGCUGGACGUCUAUUGAUUGUUGACACAGAAGAUGGGCAGUUGUUAGAUGAUGAAUCAUUGAAGUCGAAAAUUGCCACUAAACACCCGUAUGACGUUUGGCUUGAAGAAGGAGCUAUCAGUUUACCUGAAAUGCAUAAGGCAUUCGCUAGCUCCCCGGAACAUUAUAGCAGAACAACAACCUUGUCUUCAUCAGUAGUUGAUGAUCGUCGUUUACCAUUGUUCGGUUACAAUCCAGAAAAUGUCAAUCUUCUUAUUCUACCUAUGCUUAAAACAGACAAAGAAGCUUUGGGAUCUAUGGGAAACGAUGCUCCAUUAGCUUGUUUGUCAGAACAAAAUCCUCAUGUAUUCGAUUAUUUUCAGCAGUUAUUUGCACAAGUCACCAACCCUCCAAUUGAUCCAUUUCGUGAACGUAUUGUAAUGACACUGAUGUGUCCGAUUGGUCCACAAAAGAAUAUCCUGAUCCAUCCAGGGCGCAAACACACCGUUUAUGGCUUACCAACCCUAUCUUGUCACUGA